AUGUUGGAAAGAGCUCCAAUAUGCAACUUUCUUCAAUCCCAUCAUUUUCUCUGUUAUUCUCAUCUUCUUCUCUUUAUAUUUGUACAAGCUUAUUGUAUUAUUAAAGGUCCAAAACUCAAUUUCCCUCCAUCAUCGAAGCUACCAAUAAUAGGAAUUCUUCACCAGCUUAGCACACAACUCCAUAGAUCUCUACAGGGUCGCUCUGAGAAAUAUGGCCCUCUAAUUCUCCACCAUUUGGGAAGCUCUCCAACACUGAUAGUUUCUUCAGCUGAGAUAGCAAAAGAGAUAAUGAAAUCCCACGACUCUGUUUUCCAAAAUAGGCCUAGACUAAAAGCCGCAGAUGUUCUCUUCUGUGGAUGCACAGAUGUAGCAUUUUGUCCCUACGGGAAGAAGAAGUUGCAGAGAUGGUUGAAUGGAGGUGAAGUUGAUCUUGGUGAGAUGCCUACAACCAUGUCAAACAACAUAGGUUCAAGAUUUGCACUUGGAAGAAAAUAUGAAGGAGAAAAUGGCGAUGAGAGCUUCGGAGCUCUUUCUAAGAAGGCAAUGGAACUCAUGGGAACAUUUAACUUUCGAGAUUCUAUUCCUUAUCUGAAAUUUAUGAAUGUUGUCACUGGAUUUGAUGCGAAAUUGAAAAAAUCUGCAAGAGCAUUCCAUGCUCUGCUUUGUCAAGUAAUAGAUGAACACCAGAAGAGUAACAACUAUGAUCAUCAACAAUCUGAUAAGAGAGACCUUGUGGAUAUUCUUCUUCAUCUUCAAAAGGGUGGUGAACUUGGCAUCUAUCUCACUCGAGAAAGCCUCAUAGCAAUCUUACUGAAUCGAUUUUGGUCCUAA